AUGUAUGCAGCUUGUAACAGUGGCAGCAGUGCGGUUGGCAGGCAGGUUGUCAGCAAUGGUGGGGAGGUCUUCAUGUUUGGAAAGGACACUUAUCAUUGUGAUCACGCCACUGGUCAGGUCACAGAACUGAAAGAUGUGAACAUCACACAAAUAGCACUUGGUAAGGCUCAUGCCAUUGCCCUGAGCAGCAAAGGACAGAUAUAUUCAUAUGGUAUUAACAACAAGGGGCAGUGUGGACGUGACUACAACCCCGGAGCCACCAGAGAAGGGAGUAACAAUGUGAACAUGGCUGAAGAGGAGGAGGAAGCAGAGACGGAGGAAUUUCUGUGUCCACCUGGUAAACACCGAUGGAAGCACGAUCAGUGCAUGGUGUGUGUUGUGUGUGGGGAGUGCACUGGAUAUGGCUCCAGUUGUGUAAACAGUGGCAAGCCAGAUAGACAGCCUGGCUCACAAUGUGGUUGUGGAGUGGGGGAUGCUGGAUGUGUGCUGUGUGGGGUGUGUAGCUUGUGUGGGGGAGACAAACUGGACCUCGAUGGACUGGACGAAAGGGGCCUUUUUGAGGUGUUUGCAAAAGGAAAGGAGAGUUCGCCGCUGGAUAUUCUUAUCUCACGUCAUGAAGUGAGGCACAUAGAACAGCUUAGUAGGAAAGUGGAGCAGCAACACAUGAAAGUGAGAAAAGCUCACCAAAAACUAAUAAAGGAGAAAAAACAGAGAGGUGAUGAUGGAGAUCAGGAAAAAGAAUACACCAAGUUAGUGAGUCUACUUCCUGCUGAGGUUGUCAUUGGCAAUGGAGACAUACUUGUGUCUCAGAUAGCCUGUGGUCAACAUCACACAGUUGUUCUGCUACAGAAUGGAGAUGUGUAUACAUUCGGCAGCAAUCACCAAGGACAGCUUGGACAAGGAGAUUUACAUAUCAGAGGCUGUCCCGCCAAGGUUACCCUCCCAACACAGCUGUCCAGAUAG